CCGCGAGCGAAGUUCCGAGAUGCUCUGACAAUGGUGGAAAAGGUUGGACACAGUAAGCGUAUGCAAGUCACAAGAAGAGCAUGGCUGGACGACACAAAGCCAAAUCGGCAAGGCCUGGAUCCAGACGUGCAAAUGUCGGGUGCAAAUGGAGAAGACAACACGGAUGCGAAUGGUCAGCGAGAGGAAAGCCCAAUGUUCGGGGAUAAUGUAGGAGUCGGGCCUCGGGAAGAUGAGCUGGAUGCGUUGAUGGCAGAGAGUGGAGGCAAUACGGAACCAGGUCGCGAUAACACACGGCCCGAUCGGACAGACGGUUUGCGAGACGAGCCUGACGACGAUGAGCUGGACGCUCUGCUCGCAGAGAAUGAUGCUGCUGCUGCUCCUCCCCAACCAGCAAAGACGCGAGGACCGUUUGCUGAGGAUUCCGACGACGAUGAUCUGGACGCACUCAUGGCGGAGCAAGAGAGCAAUACCAGAGACACAUCAAGUGUACAGGCGAUUAAGCCUCCUGCUGAAGAAGAUGACGAUUUCGCAGACGAUG